GCGCGGCGCCCGCAGUGGAGUCCAUCCAAUGUUGGACUGGAGCUGGGAAUUGUUCUCCUACGAGACUCGAGUAACGAAAGUAACGAGAGAGCCCGAAGCGUUACGGCUGCUCAGACCGGGCUCGCUCUUUCCUCCCGUCUGCUUCCUUUCCUUCUUUCCGUCUUCUUCCUAAAGUGCCCUCGCUCUCACGCCUUUGCGAUUCGAGAGAUCCAUCCUCGCUCGCUAUUAGCCUCGCGCUUUUGCACAGGCCACCGUGCAGCAUUAAGACGGGAUGGCGGGAGGAAGAGGGAUGCUGCGAAAAAGAAGAGGGCCGGGAAGGAGGGGCGCCUGCACCUUGCGACCCAAGGUACCGUGCACAGAGGGCCAGAAGACACGGUCACCGCCUGGAAUUCCCCGUCUUUUUGCACAGCUUGCUGCAGAGAUAAGGAGCAUCCGCACCUGGUCGCACGACGAGGCGCAAGCACGGCCCAAGGCACGUUCGAAGCCAUGAUCCUGCAGUAUGUACCUACUUGCUUGUAUUACCCUCAGAUACGUCCUCACUGCCGCACAUUUGACGUCCAGAUAUCCUCAACACUUACAGAGCAUUACUGCCAUAUUGCACGUGCUGCGUAUCAAUUCAUUGCCAAGGUUAUUGCCCGAGUUCUCAAAGCAACAUCGUACCGAAAUGGUACAUCUGGAUACUAUGGUACGACAUGGCCGGAGGGCCUGCGUACAGCGCGCGCAGCUCACUUUUGCAUCCCAGUAACACCUCACAGUGACCCAACAGAGCAACCUCACCCUGCAGGCGCCAUGCAGCAAAGGCUACGACGGAUACGCAUCACAAAGCACUGGGCUCUCUCUCAUCUCGUCCCAUCAUCACGAGCAACCAAACGUCGUUAG